AUGCGUGAAGCUAUCUGCAUCCACGUCGGUCAGGGUGGUCUUCAGGUUGGUAAUGCCUGUUGGGAGCUCUUCUGCCUCGAGCACGGCAUUCAGCCUGAUGGACAAAUGCCUUCUGAUAAGACCAUCGGUGGUGGUGAUGACGCCUUCAACACUUUCUUCUCGGAGACUGGUGCCGGCAAGCAUGUCCCGCGAUGCGUCUUCGUUGAUCUCGAGCCCACUGUUAUUGAUGAGGUUCGAACCGGCACCUACAGGCAACUCUUCCAUCCUGAGCAACUCAUCUCUGGUAAGGAGGACGCUGCUAACAACUUCGCCCGCGGUCACUACACCAUUGGCAAGGAGAUUGUCGAUCUCUGUCUCGACCGUAUCCGUAAGCUUGCUGACAACUGCACUGGUCUGCAGGGCUUCCUCGUGUUCAAUGCUUGCGGUGGUGGUACCGGUUCUGGCUUGGGCUGUCUCAUUCUUGAGCGCCUCAGUGUCGACUAUGGCAAGAAAUCGAAGCUCUCUUUCACUAUCUGGCCUUGCCCUCAAGUCUCUACUGCCGUAGUAGAGCCCUAUAACACCGUUCUGUGCGUCCACUCCCUCCUCGAACACACUGAUGUCACCUGCCAGAUGGAUAAUGAGGCUCUCUACGAUAUUUGCCGUC